GAUAAGAUCCAAACAGAUGAGAGUGCUUCCCAUCAUACAUACAAGAGACUCUUUUACCUCACAAAUUUCGAACCUUAGGAAGGAGGAAAAACACCAGACCCCAACCCUUCAGCUCUCUUUCUUUCUCAUCGUCUUCACAGACAGAUAUGGAAGCAUCAAAAUUCCGGCUAUUGUCGCAACCAGCUGCGGCAGCGCUACCGUGGCUGAAGCAGCAGCGGCGAACAAGUAACACAAAAUGCAAGAGAAAUGGACGGUUUUUGCAGCUUAAGGUGGUGGCUAUGGCAAAAGAAAGUAGCGGAAGCGGCAGCGGCGAUGGCAUCAUAGAGAAGGUAGCAAUAGUGGGUGGGUUGGUGUCGACGCCGGUGAUUGGGUGGUCACUCUACACACUUAAAACAACUGGGUGUGGCCUUCCUCCAGGCCCAGGGGGGUCAAUAGGUGCACUAGAAGGUGUGAGCUACCUAGUGGUGGUGGGCAUCACGGCUUGGUCUUUGUACACCAAGACUAAAACGGGUUCUGGUCUGCCUAAUGGGCCUUAUGGGCUUUUGGGAGCUGUGGAAGGGCUAUCUUACUUGGCUUUGCUUACUAUAGUAGUUGUGUUUGGGUUGCAGUUCUUGGAGCAGGGCUCUCUCCCAGGCCCAGUCCCAGUACCAGGAGAUCAAUGCUUUGGCUGAGGUUCUUUCUGUUCCUAUUUUUUAGUGAAAUUUUUCUCUUUAAGCUUUUGCAUUAUAUUUCUUUCCUUUUUCCGGUCUUUUAUUUUGUUAAUUUGUUUUUCUAAUAGGUAUCAGCAAUAAAAAAAUGUGUAUAAAUUGCGUUA